AUGCACCCAUCAACAUCAACUGCAAACCAUAACAACAUUACACAAAAAUCGCCACAACAACAUCAACCACAACCACAACAACAUCAGCCACAACAUCAACCACAACUACAACAGCAGCAGCAACAACAACAACAGUUCACCCAAUCUGCCAGCAACAACAUCGCGAUCAACAACCACCUGACGAACGCCAACAACAACAAACAAGUUGAACUGUUUGUAAAGGCGGGAAAGGAUGGCGAAAGUUACGGGGGUUGUCCAAUUUGCCAGAGAUUCUUCAUGAUUUUGUUGACCAAAGCAGAUUACAACAAAGACCUCUCGCUGAUCGUGACGACAGUGAACAUGUCGAAGCCGCCACCAGAUUUCAAGAAGCUAGCCACCAGGCUUCCCGUCCUCAACCACCAAGACCAAAUCAUCAGCGAUCAAGAUGAAAUGGUCCAGUACAUUGACAAGACCUUUCGCUACCCACCGAUGAACUACGACAAUGUAGCCGCCGCAAAAGCGUGUCGCGACGUUUUUUCCAAGUUCAGCUUCUACAUAAAAGACGUGUCUCAGUCGCCGGCGGCGCUUCUAGCCGAGCUGCAUCGCUUAAACGACUACUUGAUGAAUUCGCCGCACAAAUUUUUGUGUCGCGACGUUCCCGACCACCUCGACUGCAUGAUGUUGCCGAAGCUGCAGCAUUUAAGAGUAGCUGCGAAGGCCUUCAAGAAUUUUGAUAUCCCGCUGGAAUUUAAAGGGCUAUGGAGAUACCUGGCAACGGCCUACAACACGACAUCAUUCCGCGAAAGUUGUCCCAGUGACCAGGAGAUCAUCUUCCACUGGGGAUCGAAGCCGGAAUGUCCGGAUCUGUCGAAGGAUUUCCAACUUAGCGAGGCCACUCCGAAAUAUUCCUUUGAUUACCCGGCCGAUGCUUACAAGGAAUGAUGACGAUGAUGAUGACGAUGAAGAUGAUGUGUGAUGAUGAGGAUGAUGAAGAUGAUGUGUGAUGAUGAGGAUGAUGAAGAAGAGAUGAUGAUGAAGAUGAUGUUGCAUACAAAAUCAGCGCUACAAUAAUUUGGUUUUACAAAAUGCAACGCAUUGAUUACUUAUGAUUCUAAUAUCAUUUAGUAACAUGUUAAGUAUUUCAAUUUUUAGAAAUACAAUAUAAAAAUAUUAUUUUUAAUAUAUAAUAAAUUUAUUUCUAUUAGAAUAAUUUUUAAAAUGAUUUCAUUGGUUUUGUUUUAAAAGCAUAGAAAUUAACUUUUGUUGAAUUAAUUUUUUAAUUAACUUGUAUGCAAAUAAGUUUAUGCUUUAUAUUUACAAUAUUGUAUGUAUUUAUGCGUGUGUGUAUGUACGUGUGUGAGCAUGUAUGUAUGUAUGUAUGUAUGUGUGUGUGUGUGUGUGUGUGUGUGUGUGUGUGUGUGUGUGUGUGUGUGGUGUGUGUGUGUGUGAA